AUGGGCAUGCCUGCAGAACAAGUAUUGCAUUCUUUUUGCUUCCGCCUUUUUAGUCACAAAAGACUGGAAUAUAUCCCCACCUCCUUUCUACAAAUGGAAUGAACUUUCUUUCAUUAUCUCGCUACAUCUCACAUGGGUUCUACUCUCUUUGUUUGGCUCCUCCUCAUCUUCUCUGUCUUAUGUUCUCCCGUUGCAGCAGCACAUUCAGUCACAUGGACCUAUGGAGUAAAUUAUGGCAGAAUCGCAAACAAUUUACCGGCACCCGAGAGUGUGGUGACCCUUCUAAAGGCAGCGAAGAUAAAUCACAUCCGAAUCUAUGAUGCUGAUCAUGGAGUUCUGCAGGCCUUUAAAGGGUCUGGUAUAGAAAUUAUAGUUGGACUUCCCAAUGAGUAUUUGAAAGAAAUAAGUAUGGGGGAGGAUCGAGCCAUGAAUUGGGUAAAAGAAAAUGUACAGGCAUUCCUUCCUGGAACUCGUAUUCGAGGAAUAGCUGUGGGAAAUGAGAUAUUAGGUAGUGGUCCUAUAGAACUUUGGGAGGUUUUAUUGUCUGCAGCAAAGAAUGUUUACAGUGCUCUUUACAGGUUGGGUUUACAGUCUACUGUUCAGGUUUCAAGUCCACAUUCAGAGGCUGUAUUUGCCAAUUCCUACCCACCAUCUGCCUGCAUCUUCAGACCUGAUGUUCUUCCAUUCAUGAGGCCACUUCUGCAGUUCUUCUCUCAGAUUGGUUCUCCAUUUUAUAUAAACGCAUAUCCAUUUCUAGCCUAUAAGAAUGAUCCUGAGCAUAUUGACAUUAACUAUGCCCUAUUCAAAGAUAAUGCCGGCAUUUAUGACGCAAAGACCAAGCUACACUAUGAUAACAUGUUUGAAGCUCAGGUCGAUGCAGCUUAUGCUGCACUGGAAAAAGCUGGAUUUCCAAAGAUGGAGGUCAUUGUUUCUGAAACUGGUUGGGCUUCUCGUGGGGAUCCAGAUGAAGCAGGUGCCACACUUAAGAAUGCAAGGACUUACAAUAAGAAUUUGCGUAAACGGCUAGCCAAAAAGAAGGGUACCCCCUUUAGGCCAAAGAUGGCUGUGAGGGCUUAUGUUUUUGCCCUGUUCAAUGAAAACUCCAAGCCUGGACCAACCUCUGAGAGAAACUUUGGAUUGUUUAAACCUGAUGGAAGCAUAGCCUAUGAUAUUGGAUUCACUGGACUUGUACCUUCUGCAGCAGCCUCCUCAUUUCUCGCUUUUAAGGAUCUUGCAGUUCAAGGUUCGUUUUUCAUGGCUUGGGCUGUGGUUCUACUGCCGAGUUUAGGCUUUUGCAAGAGAUCAAUGGCAAGGUUCAUGUGCAUGGCUCUUGUCAGCAUCGUGGCCGCGGUGUCUCUAAUGCAAUGCGCGGCGGCGCAAACGGUGCAUGUGGUGGGGGCCGACAUGGGAUGGACCGUUCCCCAGAAUGGUGCGGCCGCAUACAGCACUUGGGCGGCUGGUAAGAGGUUCAUGGUUGGUGAUAUUUUGGAGUUCAAUUUCGCAACAACUGCGCACGACGUGCUGCAAGUCCCCAAGGCAUCGUUCGAUGCAUGCAGCAGCGACAACCCUAUUGGAAACACGAUCACCGUCGGUCCGGCCAACGUGACCCUCACCUCUGCCGGUGAAAACUACUUCAUUUGCACAUUUGGCCAGCACUGCCAAUUCGGCCAAAAGUUAGCCAUUACUGUUUUAGGCUCUUCCGACUCUCCUUUGCCAGCACCUUCACCCACCAGAACUCCAACCACCCCUAUCACCCCUUGUCCGACAUCUGGUCCCACUGGCUCGAUGCCUCCGGGAUCAGUACCGGACCCCAAUGGGAGUACUAAUGCUUCAUCUUCGGCUGUUUUAGCCACUUUGUUGCUGUCCAUGUUGGCCAUUGUUAUGGGUUUAAUUGUCUAAGAUAGUGGGAAAGGAUGUCAUUGUCCUCUUUACUUCAUAUGGUUUCUUUUUGCUUAGUGAGCAAUUGGGGGUAUAUCAUUGAAUAAAGUUGUGAUUCAUUUCAUUUGAAAAUUUUGUACUAGUAUAUUUAUUGCUUUGUUAUAAGCAUACGAUGAUCAAUAAAAGUUUUUUUUUUAAUUUUUAUAA